CUGUCCCUUUUCACGAAACGUAAUGCGCGCCACGACCAAAGUAUGCCUAGAAAAGACUCGCCACGUGUUCUCGCGCGCAGGUGUCCGCGUUCUACGGCGUUCCGUACGCCAAGCCUCCCAUGGGCUACUACCGAUUCCGGCGGCCAGAGCCCAUGCCCGCGGGCUCGCUGUCGCUCGACGGCCGCAACCCGCGCUACCCGUGCGUGCAACACAACCUGUACUACGGCAACAUCACCUUGAUCGAUGCGUCCAACGCGUCCGAGGACUGCCUGCAUCUGGACAUCUACACGCCCACGACGAGCUCUGCCUACGAGCAGCUCAGGGGCAUCGGGGGCCUCGGGGCCGCGGGACACAGCGCCGUCCUUGUGGCGCUCAUCGACUUGAACUUCGCCAACGGCGGCAACUCGUACUUCUUCUCCGACCCGCGCCACUUCGUCAACCAGACCGGCGUGGUGGUCGUGGUGCCCAACUACCGGCUGGGCGCGCUGGGAUUCAUGCGCAGCGGAAAGCAGCGAGCGGCAGGCAACAUGGGACUCCUGGACCAGGCCAUAAUGCUUCGCUGGGUACGCGACAACAUCUUCAGCUUCGGCGGCAAUCCGCACAACAUCAUCCUCAUGGGCGUUGGGGGAGGCGCGGUGGCCGCCGGCUACCACCUACUGUCUCCCAUGACGCGAGGUUUCACCAGACGCGCCAUACUGCACAGCGGUUCUCCGCUGAUGCCUUACCCGGACCGUUCGAGCCAGGACCCGAUCGAGGAGGUGGCGCAGCGAGCCCAAUGCGUCAAGGGCGCGGAGGAUUCAAGGGUGGACCUGGCCUCCGCGGUCGCUUGCGUGCACAUAACGCCCACAGAGCGUCUGCGCCCAGCGCUCACCGAGGGACACUACCCGAUAACGCACGAUUCGUUCAUGCCCCUGCCGUACGAGACCAUGCUGUCGCAGUCCACGGGACACAGCGCUCAGGUGCUUGUGGGCAACGUGCGGAACGAAGGCGGGAUGCUGGUGGCGCACGAGUUCCGGAACCUGAGCUACAAGGAACUGCACAGCACCAGCAGGGAUGAGAUUACCCAAAGGCUGAUCAAGUACCUAGAGCCCUAUCAUAUCCCGCACCUGGAGAAGAUCAUCAAGUGCUACCUGGCCAACCCGGAGAAAGGGCAGCAAUUGAUAAACUUUGUUGAUGUGGCCUCGGAAUUGCUGGGUGACCUGUUGUAUGUGUGCCCGAUGAAGCGGUUCGCCAACCUCUUCUCGGAUGCCGGCAACCGGGUCAACUACUUCGUGUACGAUUACCAGCCGGAGGCAAUGAAGUCGCUGAAGCCACUCCACAAGGACGCUACCCAGCUGGACGACGUGCUCGCCGUGUUUGGCGCACAGCUGUUCCCAUCCGAGAUGCUCUUCUCUCACACAAUAAUGAAGCAUUGGGGUGACUUCGCGAAAUCUGGGGAUCUGCCAUCACUGAAGGGCGGUCGUCCGUGGCCACCCUACACGCGAGACAACCCUCGUUAUGUGUUCCUCAGCAACCGUGGCCAGACCAGCCAAAACGAGCUUGCCACAGAAGACAAGGACCACUACAGGGACCAGUUGUGCAAGUACUGGGAUGACUAUCUCAACAUGCAGGCCACUCACCAGCAGCCCAAUGAGUUCCUGCACAAGUGCGACGAGAUCAUCCCAACCUAGCCACUACAGUGGCAAGUCAUAUAAUGUGCGAUAUGUGCGGGCCAAUAUAAAAUGUGAAAGUUAUGUGAAAUCUAGCUUUCACUCCACAUACCCUGAAUUUCCAGUUGUCACUAUGAAACCCUUUGCGUGUGUGAUUAGACACCUAGAGCAAUUCUCCAGCCUUGGCCUUGGUUACACUGUCCAGCCAGUGCUCUGAGGUUACUGUAGUUGACGUACUCAUCUGCCUA